CCCGCUCGCGUUGGCGUUCUCUGCCUUCGCUCCUUCCGCCCAGGAAACCGGAAGUAGCCUCUCUCCCGGUGGCUCCUACGCGGUUAACGGAUCCUCAGUGGACGCUGGCUGCGCGCCAAGGUAGUCAACGUGAUACCUGCAGAGAGUGACUUCGGGGUUAAGGGUGGUGCUGGACGUCAGGAGCCAACAUGGCAGCGGUGGUCGGAGUCUCCUUGAGGCGUCGAUUCCCAGCCACAGCCUUUGGCGGAGCCUGCCUGCAGGCCUGCCGAGGGGCCCAGACAGCUGCAGCCACAGCUCCCCGAAUCAAGAAAUUUGCCAUCUACCGAUGGGACCCAGAUAAGACUGGAGAUAAACCUCAUAUGCAAACUUAUGAAAUUGAUUUGAAUAAAUGUGGCCCCAUGGUGUUGGAUGCUUUAAUCAAAAUUAAGAAUGAAAUCGAUUCUACCUUGACCUUCCGAAGAUCAUGCAGAGAAGGGAUCUGUGGCUCUUGUGCAAUGAACAUCAAUGGAGGCAACACGCUGGCUUGCACCAAAAGGAUCGACACCAACCUCAACAAAGUCUCAAAAAUCUACCCGCUUCCACAUAUGUAUGUGAUAAAAGAUCUUGUUCCUGAUUUGAGCAACUUCUAUGCUCAGUACAAAUCCAUUGAGCCUUAUUUGAAGAAGAAGGAUGAAUCCCAGGAAGGCAAGCAGCAGUAUCUGCAGUCCAUAGAAGAGCGCGAGAAACUGGAUGGGCUCUACGAGUGCAUCCUCUGCGCCUGCUGCAGCACCAGCUGCCCUAGCUACUGGUGGAAUGGAGACAAGUAUUUGGGGCCUGCGGUUCUUAUGCAGGCCUAUCGCUGGUUGAUUGACUCCAGAGACGACUUCACAGAGGAGCGCCUGGCCAAGCUGCAGGACCCGUUCUCUCUGUAUCGCUGCCACACCAUCAUGAACUGCACACAGACCUGCCCCAAGGGGCUGAAUCCAGGGAAAGCUAUUGCUGAAAUCAAGAAAAUGAUGGCAACUUACAAGGAGAAGAAGGCGUCAGCUUAAUUGUUCUCACACCAAACGUGACUUGCAACCAGCUCAGCUGGACAUAACUUACAUCUAAUUUGGGUUCUUUCAGAGGUCUUCACUGUCCAUGAAUACAGCAUGUAUAAUAAAACUUUUAAGAAAUAAAUAAAUGUUAUUCUACUUUAUUAACAAAAAA